AUACAGAUUUUCCAGCAAUUGACUGGCAUUAACGCAAUUAUGUUCUACGCUCCCGUUUUGUUCAAGACCUUGGGAUUUAAGAGUGACGCUUCCCUUUACUCAUCCGCCAUAACAGGAGCUGUCAAUGUCCUCUCAACUGUUGUAUCAAUCUACUUUGUGGACAGAGCUGGUCGCCGCGUGCUCCUGCUAGAAGCAGGUGUUCAAAUGUUCCUUUCUCAAAUUGUGAUUACAGUAGUGCUCGGAAUCAAACUUAAGGACGACGUGAACAACCUCGGCCAUGGCUUGGGAAUUCUUGUGCUGGUUUUCGUGUGCAGUUUCGUUGCCUCUUUUGCAUGGUCUUGGGGACCUCUUGGGUGGUUGAUUCCUAGUGAGAUUUUCGCACUAGAUGCUCGCUCAGCCGGCCAAAGUGUGGCUGUCUUUUUCAACAUGCUCUUCACCUUUAUUAUAGCCCAGGCCUUCCUCUCAAUGCUUUGCCACAUGAAGUUUGCCAUUUUCUUGUUUUUCGCAAUUUGGGUCUUCGCCAUGACUCUCUUCACUCUCUUCUUAAUUCCCGAGACGAAAGGUGUCCCUAUUGAAGAG